AGGGAGAAGUUAAAAUGGGAAACUGGAAAUAAUCGGUGAUCGCUUUCGUUCUUCUUCUCGAAUCCGACUCCAAACUUCUCUUCGUGUGAGUUAAUUUUUCUGAUGAGGAAUCAAUCUUGAAACUGGAAGAUCACCCAGUGGAUUUCUUCAUUUCCAUUUCCCAAAUCCGUGAUCACAUUCAAAGCCCACUCCAAUCUCUCUUCUAGAGAGAGAGAGAAGAGAGAAACUCUUGGGAGCAAUAAAAAUGGCGGAAGAAUUACCUGAAGGCACAGUUCAGAAUCUACUGGAUCAAGAGACUCUUAAAUGGGUUUUUGUUGGUGGCAAAGGCGGUGUGGGAAAAACCACCUGCAGCUCCAUCCUCUCGAUUCUUCUCUCCCGUGUCAGAUCCUCUGUUUUGAUUAUCUCCACCGACCCGGCUCACAAUCUCAGCGAUGCCUUUCAGCAGCGAUUCACCAAGGCACCCACCUUGGUUAAUGGCUUCUCCAAUCUCUAUGCCAUGGAGGUGAAUCCUACUGUGGAAAAUGAAGAACUCGAGGAGGGGAUAGAUGGUUUAUUUUCUGAGCUGGCUAAUGCUAUUCCUGGAAUUGAUGAGGCAAUGAGCUUUUCGGAGAUGCUGAAAUUAGUACAAACAAUGGAUUAUUCUGUAAUAGUAUUUGACACUGCUCCUACUGGCCACACGCUUCGGCUGUUGCAAUUUCCAUCAACCUUAGAGAAGGGGCUUUCAAAGCUAAUGUCUUUGAAAAGUAGAUUUGGAGGCAUAAUGGGUCAGAUGACCCGGAUGUUCGGUGUUGAUGAUGAGUUUGGUGAGGAUGCAAUUCUGGGAAGACUAGAAGGCAUGAGAGAUGUGAUCGAACAAGUUAAUAGGCAAUUCAAAGAUCCUGAUUUGACUACAUUUGUCUGUGUCUGCAUUCCUGAGUUUCUCUCGCUUUACGAAACAGAGAGACUAGUCCAAGAGCUCACCAAGUUUGAGAUCGAUACACAUAAUAUCAUCAUUAACCAAGUACUUUACGACGAAGAAGAUGUCGAAUCCAAGUUACUAAAAGCGAGAAUGCGGAUGCAACAGAAGUACCUCGACCAAUUUUACAUGUUGUAUGAUGACUUCCACAUCACCAAGUUGCCAUUGCUGCCUCAAGAGGUGACUGGAGUUGAAGCUCUGGCUGGGUUUUCAGGUAAAUUUUUGACCCCACAUGAUCCAUCAAGCAGCCGAGACACAGUGGAAGAUUUGGAGAUGAAAAUAACAACAUUGAAGCAGCAGCUGGAAUAUGCUGAAACUGAUCUUGACAGACUUAGAAAGGGGAAGCAAAAGGCCUAAGCCACAGCCCUUCUUUUUGCCAAGUCUCUAUUUUCUUUGUUAUUGUUUUUCUUUUAUCAUGUUCUCGAUGUCUUUCUUCGAGAACUAUAAUGCUAAAGCAGCAUCCCUUGUUGGUUUAUAAGGACCAAUGCUGCUGCUGCUUAAGGCUUUUAAUUAGCUUUAAUUUAUUUUUUUGGAGUGUUCUUUGCUGUAUUGAUUUUCUGGUCAUUAUAAUUAUAGUUCAUUCUUUUUUAGACCUUGUAUUGAUCUACAAACAACAAUAAAGGAGCCUCUGGUACACGAUUAACCAAUAAAAAUUA